AUGCUCUCAAGAAUCCUGUUCGUGUUAUUCUAUAUUAGAAGAUGCAAUGGAGUCAUUUACCGUUUGAACGAAACGGAGUACAAUCGUAUGCCGGCUCUGUUCGGGUUGGACGAUUAUCAACCUUGUCUGUGCAAGCCGGGCGGCGUUUAUUGCUUGGCACGUUUCGACCUGAACAUAGAUGGACAGAAUGACCUUCACGCACUUAUUCGAGAGUAUUCUGAUUAUCAGAUUCGGCAUUUUAAUCACUCAUACGUUGAAAGAGGCAUUUGCGUUAAGAAAAGCUGUAGGACUUAUUACGAAGACAAUUCUCUGGGAAGUAAUGUGGACCUAAGUAAGGCCCUUGGAGAGUGCUUCAACAGAUCAUUAUGGCGUGACUAUCAGCUGAAGGCAAGACUAUCAAAAAUAUACUACUGUGAUACACACAAUGAGGCAAAUGAGCCGGAUACCUACGAUGGACUUUUCUUGAUCGUUAUCAUUACAAUACUAGUCUUGAAUAUCUUUGGAACCGCCUACGAAAUGCUGUCUGAGAGGUCCGGGAAACAAAUCAACGUUCGUCUAGCCCACAUAUUUCUGUCGAGUUUCUCUCUGCGGCAAAACUUUAUAUGGCUUACGACACCGGAAUCAACGAAUGUCAGAUUUGAGAGACUUCAAGGUUUGCAUGGAAUAAGACCAAUUAUAACCUUUUUGAUGAUAUUCGCACACAGCGUGUUCAUCGUAACGACAUUUACCGACAACCCCCAUGAGUUUGAAAAGAGCUACGAUACUAUCCACUAUCAGCUGAUAUUCAACGGAUUGGUUCUGAUGCAAAUAGUUUUCGUUAUGUCCGGUUUCUUGCUGGCAUACAAUUUGCAAGUUCGUAGCGAGAAGAGGGAGAUAACUUGGAAGACUUUGCCAAAAGUUAUGUUCCUGCGAUUAUGUAGGCUUGGACCGGCAAACGCUAUUGUGCUGUUCUUCACGAUGACCUGGCUGAGACAUCUGGGAUCGGGUCCGCUAUGGAAACUCUAUGUCACCGAGUCCAUAGUGAAGGAUUGCCGUAGAUAUUGGUGGCAUCAUCUGACAUACAUCAAUAACUAUAUGAACGCCAACAGCUACUGCCUUGUCCCAACUUGGCACUUGGCUGCGGACACUCAGCUCUUCAUAGCAGGGUUGCUACUGCAUAUAGCGACUAAGUCUCGCGGUAGGAACUACGUGCUAGCAUUAUUGCUAGUAACUGGCAUGGCGUCGCCAGCCCUGCACGUCUUGUUGCAAGGCUUCGAUGCACUCGUCGUCGUCAACCCUGAAUUCUACAGGACCAAUCGUAACGAUACUUUCUACAAGAUGCACACGCUUGGCCAUAACAACCUGGCGGCCUACGUCAUUGGAAUGAUUACUGGAUACUACGUGUAUUACAAACAGAAGAGUGGAGGCGACGUCAAACGGAGCAGGAUGCGUUGCCACCUUUUCGGUCACCGUGCCGUGCUGCGUUGGCUGGUUGUACCGGCUGCGAUUUACGUUACCUUGUUCGGCCGCGUGUUCUACGUGGAAGGCUUUGAAGUGCCGCUGACUUUAAAAUUGGUGUAUGCAGCGACCCAGCGGGUGGUCAUGAGCGGUAUCACAGCAAUCGCCAUUAUCUGGCUCGUCUUCAAAUUCAACGAUACACUGUGCCAAGUCCUGGAGUGGCGUGGCUGGGUGGUGCCGAGUAGACUGACCUUCGCAGUCUUUCUCAUCCACAUGGACAUAGUCCACGUAAUGCUCGGACAGAAGACGCAACUGGUGCACGUUUCGUUCUUCUUCUUGUUGAUGAAUCACUUUGCCAUCGUGGUGCUCUCCUUCUUGAUAGCGCUGCCCUUCCACCUCACCAUAGAAGCACCGAUCAACAGAAUGAUUAAGAGGAUCCUGGAUCAGGAGGACGCUACACGAUUGGAUGCGAAGAAAUACAAU